AUGGAUUAUGCGAUGCUAUGGGGGCGGGACAGAGAAGAUCGGAUCAAACAGAAGUUAGAGGAGCACCGCCUAAGGACAGCAGGUGAUGGAGAUGGCGUUGAAGAGCCCAGAGAUGGCAGUCAACCGGAAACUGAUGACAACGACGACGGCUCUGCCACUGACACCGAAUUCCACAUAUUUCUGCGCUUCCUUCGGCGCCCCUGGUUCCAGCGCUGUUGGGUGGUCCAAGAGUUAUGCCUUGCCAAAGAGGUCGUUGCCAUGUGCGGCCCCAGGGCCAUGCCUUGGGACAUCUUCUUCGCGGGAUAUUACUUGUGUCUACUCACCAGUAAGAAUGCUCUCACGGGCCGCCCGGAGCAGAUCAUACGCGGUAACUUCCUGGCUGCCACAUCUCUCAGGCUUGCGAUUACUCGAGCCCGCGACUCUACAAUAAGCGUGGAUCUACCAGAUCUACUAGGCCUUUUGUUAUCGACGAGAUCUCUAGAAGCGACAGACCCCCGAGACAAGGUCUACUCGCUUCUUGGCCUUAUCCCGGAGAACGAAGCGGAUGCCAUGAGUCUGGUGCCCGAUUACGCUGCGCCUGUCGAGGAGUGCUACCUACAUGCAGCCACAAAGAUCAUUUGGCAGAGCAAAACCUUGGACAUAUUGACAACCGAUCGCAUGAAGAAUCCGCAUCUUCAAUUGGACUUGCCAAGUUGGGUGCCUAACUGGAGCUAUCUUUCAUCACCAGCUCCGGUUAGGAUCCUUGGUGUGAUCGAGUCUUGGCUGGUAGAUGAACAAUCUGAGCCUGAACCAUUAUCGAGGCAGUAUCGCGCCUCUGGCUCCGCCACCCACUGCACACCUGAGCUGAUUGGUACUCGAACCCUUCGUCUAUCUGGUUAUAUCCUCGAUUCAAUCACCAAGAUGGAAGCGGUCCUUACCGUCCCACAAGGUGACAGCGAGGCUCUAGCAGAAAACAUGACCUCGGUCCGCGGCGCAAGCUCAUUCAUCACCAAGCUAUUUACUGGUCUUGGUUCUUAUUUCGAGACAUUGGUAAAGUGGGAGCAUCUAGCCAUGGACAAAGGGUACGAUCCAUAUCCAACAGGCGAGUCGGCCGAGGAAGCGUUUGCAUCAACCAUGUCUAUCGGAAGCAUACAGAAUGGGUCGAUAACAUUGGAGCAGUUCGAGGCGUGGCGUACGACUCUAAGCUGGCCCAGAAAGCUCAUGAAGCUGCGAUAUGUCGGCGCGCAUUACCUCGGGGCAGCCUACAAGAUCCCCCUCGCUGCUCUGGGAAUGCUGACUUCGAAGGCCAGAGGGGACCGCACAUUUUCGACCGCAACCGAGUUCACGCUGUAUAGGCGGUUGGCGAGGACGAGGCUCGGAUAUCUUGCGAUUGUUCCAGCAGAGAGUUCCCCUGGCGAUCCCGUGGCCUUAUUCGAGGGUUGCAAAACGCCGCUGGUCUUGAAGGAAAAGGGGAACCAAUGGGAGCUAGUUGGGCCAGCAUAUAUGCAUGGUGUGAUGCAAGGUGAAGCAUGGGAUGAUACACGGUGUGUGAGCAUUGACCUUGUGUGA